AUUUAGAGUAAUGAAGUAAAGUAAUUCAUAUCUUCUUUUUUUUACAGACAGAGCAUGUUGUUGCUGGAACAAAACCUAAAAGAGGUCAAAAGAAGAAGAAAGAUGUCAGUAAAAGAAUUCAAGCCCUUCCACCUGAAACUCUAAAAAGAAUUGAGCGCAGAAUGAGGGGAGAAAACCCACAGCAUAGUAAUGAAGAUAUUACUUUCAUUUGGGAUUUUGCUGGCCAGCAGCUUUAUUACAUUACACAUCGAAUUUUCCUAACAAGUGAGGCCGUGUAUUUGAUUUUGUUCAGUUUGAAAGAAGGUAUGCACAACAAGGGAAAGCGUAGAUUCUCUAAAAUGGCAAAGUAUGUGAUGACGUACGAUAUGACAAAUAUCCAGAUUAUCAAAUAUUGGAUGAGGUUGAUAUAUACAUACGCUAUCCCAGUUAAGGCACAACAGCAGCUACAAGCCAAGAAACCUCAAAUUGCGGUAGUCGGUACUCACAGUGAUUGCCUAGAGGGCACAAAAGAAGACAAGAAAAAGCAGAUUGAAGAACAGUAUGGAAUACUAUUCCAAGAGAUCAGAGGCACUCCAUAUGAAUCACACGUGGUCAGAAAAAUGUAUGCCAUCAGUAACAAGUAUGCAUCACAGUGUAAGAUGCUGAAAACACUUAAACAAGAUGUUGGUGGUUUUCUGAAAGAAAUGCCCAAAACAAUCCCCCUUAAGUGGCUCAAAUUCCAACAAAUAUUGCAGGAGAAUGGUAGGACAUCAUUGCACAUGACAUAUGCUAAGGUCUGUAAAGUUGCUACUGAAUGUGGAAUUUCUGUGGAGAACCUCAUCCACACACUCAACUACUUGCAUGAUCUUGGAAUCAUUCUGUACUUUGAGAACAACAGGCUGCUAAAGCAUGCUGUGAUAACAAACCCACGGAAGUUGAUUUUCAUCUUGAAGAAAAUCAUCACCGAAGUGGAGCCUGAUGUAAAGGCUUUCAAGUCUGGGUAUCUCUGGGACAGCCCUUGA